GAAGUGCGUGCGAGCGUUUCCGGCGGCCGGGGUUAAAGCUUCCAGUGUGUGUGUUUGUGUGUAUCGCUGCUUUGGAGGAUGGAGGUCACGAGACAGAAUUUUAAGGAGGUUCUUCCAGAGGUGUGUAACGCGGUGCAGGAGGCGGAUUUCAUCUCUAUCGACGGAGAGUUCACAGGAAUCAGUGAUGGGCCGUCCGUCAGUGCUCUGACCAAUGGACUGGACACACCUGAGGAGAGAUACACCAAACUGAGGAAGCACUCCAUGAACUUCCUGCUCUUCCAGUUCGGCGUCUGCACCUUCAGAUACGACCAGAACCAGUCGACGUACAUCACUAAAGCCUUCAACUUCUACAUCUUCCCCAAACCCUUCAGCCGCACGUCUCCUGAUAUAAAGUUCAUCUGUCAGAGCUCCAGUAUUGACUUUCUGGCCAGUCAGGGCUUCGACUUCAACAAGGUCUUCCGCAGCGGGAUCCCAUACCUGACUCAGGAGGAGGAGUGUCAGCUGAGGGAGCAGUAUGAGGAGAGGCGGAGCCAGAUGAAUGGGGCGGGCCCGGUCUCAUACACGCCCCCUUCAGGCACUGGUGUGUGUAACGUGCCAGAAGACCAGAGAGAGUUCAUCAGGAGUGUGGAGGAAAAGGUUGAAGCUCUACUGAAGAACGCUGAUCAGACUCUGGAUCUGGAGCCCUGCACCGGGUUUCAGAGGAAGCUCAUCUAUCAGACGCUCAACUCAAAGUAUUCUAAAGGUCUUCAUGUGGAGACGCUGGAGACUGAGAAGAAGGAGCGCUUCAUCCAGAUCAGUAAAGUUGAUGAUGAGGAGAGGAGGAGGAGAGAGCAGCAGAAGCAGCAGAGAGAGCAGGAGGAGCUGAAUGAUGCUGUGGGUUUCUCCAGGGUCAUCAGAGCCAUCUCCAAAUCUGGUAAGCUGGUGGUGGGCCACAACAUGCUGCUGGACGUCAUGCACACCAUACACCAGUUCUGUGGGCCGCUGCCAGAGGAGCUGGAUGACUUCAAGGAGGUGGCCAUGACUGUGUUUCCCAGGCUGCUAGACACCAAGCUGAUGGCGUCCACACAACCAUUCAAGGAGAUCAUCCACAACACAUCACUGGCUGAACUACACAAACAGCUGAGGCAGAAACCCUUCAGAUCCCCCACCACCGAGUGUCCUGAAGGUCUCCAGAGUUACGACACCUCCACUGAGCAGCUCCAUGAAGCCGGAUACGACGCCUUCAUCACCGGACUCUGCUUCAUCUCCAUGGCCAACUACCUGGGCUCUUUCCUCACGCCGCCCAAGAGCCACAUCUCUGCCCGCUCCAAACUGCUGGAGCCCUUCUACAACAAAUUAUUCCUGAUGAGGGUCAUCGACAUUCCCUACCUGAACAUGAGCGGACCUGACUUGCAGCCCAAGAGAGAUCAUGUCCUGUACGUCACGUUUCCUAAAGAGUGGAAGACCAGUGACCUGUACCAGCUGUUCAGCGCCUUCGGGAACAUCCAGGUGUCAUGGGUGGACGACACGUCAGCGUUCGUGUCUCUCAGUCAGACGGAGCAGGUUCAGAUCGCCAUGAACACCAGUCGAUACGCCGAGAGCUACCGCAUCCAAACCUACGCAGAGUACCUGCAGUCGCGGCAGAAGAACACGCCCUCCAGCAGGAAGUGGGCCGGUGACGGGUGGGCGGAUACUUCCUACACCAGCGUCGCCAUGACAACCGCAUCCGGCUUCACCCACAACCGGCAUCAGGCGGUCAAGCGCAGCAUCAGUCCGACUCUGGAUGAGCAGAAUCACGGCGCUGACAGCAGCUGGAUGAACUACAGCGUCAAGAAGAUCAAGACUGACGGAAGCUGCACGCAGACCUACGCUGAUGUCGCCGGCUCCUGUGAUUGGCCCAGACUGCCGACUGAUGAAGGCGGAGCCUCUGUGAGCCCAUUGGCAGAAGAAGCGGAGCUUGAGGAGUCCUCAGCCAAUCAGAGUCAAGGUAAAAGGAGCCGCAAGCACAAGAAGAGGAAGUCAGACGCUUCUGAAACUACGCCGCCGGCGCUCUUCGACGUCCCUCAGGUUUGGUAGCGGAAGCUCAGAAGCCAAUCAGAACCCCCGCUCAGUCUGAGUGUAAUCAACAGCCAAUCAGAAGAAAGCACUUAACUCCUGACGCCCAGCGUGUGACUUCCUGUGACCUCUCCUCACAAAAACAGAGCAUUUUAAUGGUGCUGGAGUUACUGAGCCAUUUCAUGUGUGUGUGACUUGUAUUUUAAGACGGUUUCCGAAAGCGUUCCCUGUUUUUAAACGUGCUGACUGUCCUGCAGGUCUAUUUAUUCCUCGUGAGGGACUAUUAUUGUUUGAGUUCCUUCAGAUAAAUGUUGAGAAAAAAAGAAUUGUCAAAGAAUGUCUGAUCAUCACCACGAAUGUCUGUUCAUGUCCUUGUUUUUUUUGUAUAUGUUCAAAUGUUCCCUUUUCCAGGGGAGAUGAAAUUAAAGAGUCUUUCUUAGUA